UUUUUCUAGGCUCGACUCUCGAGCUCGAAAGAAGAAGAAAGGGAAGAGAGAGAGAGAGAGAGAGAGAGAGAAAGAGAGAGAGAGAGAGAGAAACCGGAGAAAUUUAUAGCUCAAAAAUUCCUCCACCCGGCGGCAGCUUCUCUUUCAUCAAUCUAUCCUUAACAGAAGAAAAUACAAACAGUUCCAUUCCGUUGUAGAAGUUUUACCCGCGUAAUUUGCAGUAGAAAGCAUGGCGGAUUCGAGUGUUUUUGGGGUUUAUCUGAGACGGUAAAGCUAAGGACGACUACGUUUGGAGUUCCGCCAUGGAUGAUUCAUCUAAAGAUGACUUGGUUCAGCUGCUCAAGAGAUUAGGCGAAUACCUUACCAUUAAGAUGUCCAAUCUCUUCUCGAUCUCCCCAAAUAAUCUGAGUACUCGAAGCGUUGGGUUUGGGGUUAUUGUGGGGCUUACUAUUGCUAUAGUUUUUACUUGGAGGUUGAUGAGAACUCCCCCCACACAACGAAGAAGACAACCCAAACGUCAGACCCAGAGACCUAGUAGUUCGGGAGUCAAUCAUACUGGUGCAGUUUUAGCAGCUUCUGGAGUGAAUUCGUCUUUAGAGGAUUCAAGAACUCAAAAUGUAAUUAAUGAGUUCUUCCUGCCAGUAAAGCCGACACUUGGGCAAUUAGUUAGACAAAAAUUGAGUGAAGGAAGGAAGGUUACAUGCCGGUUGCUUGGUGUAAUCCUCGAGGAGAGUAGUCCAGAGGAGCUUCAGAAACAAGCAACUGUGAGGUCUUCUGUGCUUGAAGUGUUGCUGGAGAUCACAAAGUUAUGUGAUCUUUACCUCAUGGAAAGAAUACUGGAUGAUGAAAGUGGGGAAAAGGUUCUUUUGGCGUUAGAGAAUGCUGGGAUUUUCACUUCUGGUGGUUUGGUUAAAGAUAAGGUUCUCUUCUGUAGCAUAGAAAAUGGCAGGACGUCAUUUGUUCGACAACUAGAACCAGAUUGGCAUAUUGACACAAAUCCUGAGAUUAUCUUUCAGUUGGCUAGAUUCAUCAAGUAUCAGCUUCACAUAUCUCCCAAUAGAGCUGAACGUACUGCUUCUAAUGUAUUCACCUCCCCAACAUUGGAGCAGUUUUUUGGAUUCACAGACCGAAAUUAAUUCAUAAUAAAUAUACUUAAACUGGACUGAACCCUUGGCCUCAUAGGCAAUAUUCUGCAUUCUGCAUGCGUCAGUGCUUAAAUGCUUCCCCUUUGUUCUGGUUGCUGCUCAAAGUAAUUGGAAGAACAAUCACAAACCAAUGUGCUUGGAGCUGUGUUCCGGUUGCUGGCUACCGAGAUAAAAGACCUGGAAAAUAAUUUGCACUAUUUCGGAGGAAGAAGUUUUUGAUAUUUGUUAAAUUGUCCACCACAUUAACUCCUUUGAAACUUGAGAAUUUUGGCUAUGAAUGUUUUAUUUGAGGAUGUAAUUACGGAGACUUGGGCUGAUUUGCUGGCGCUACUUCUUGUGAUGAUUUAGGCGAGAAACAUAUUCAAGAAAAUGUCAUAUGCAGCCCUGUAGGUGUUGAUUAACUCAUAAGGGUGUGGUUUUAUUAGAGAUAGAAAAUGUAGAAUUCAAAACUGAAUCGAUUUAGUUCAGUUCAAUUUCAGUUUUUAUUUGGUUC